UUGCCCUCAUCGGGAUUCGAACACCUGACCAUAGGAUUCAUACAUAAUGGCUCCGGAAAGACAACUCUAUUGAAUGUAUUGACGGCAAGGAAUUUAUCCCAACUGUCCGUCAAUGGAGUGGUACUCAUGAAUGGACAGACAGUCAGUCAACAGACCAUUGCAUCCAUUUCCUCGUAUAUACAACAACACGAUUUGUUUCAACCGGUGUUUACAGUCAGAGAACAUCUCAUGUUUCAUUUUAAUUUAACGAAAUGUGCGGAAACACGGAUUGGAGACAACAAACAAUUGAAAGGCAUUUCCGGCGGAGAAAUGAAAAGACUGUCCUUUGCUUCGGAGGUUCUCACAAACCCUUCGCUAAUUGAUGAGCCGACCACUGGUUUGGACUCAUUUAUGGCCAAAAGUAUAGUACAAGUGCUGAAGACUAUGACAUCGGAGGGACGGACUGUCAUCUGUACUAUACAUCAGCCCUCGUCUCAAGUCUUUGAACUCUUCGACAGUCUAUUACUUAUGGCCGACGGAAGGGUAGCCUUCAUGGGGUCCAUCGGUGAAGCAAAAGAUUUCUUUUCAACGCAAGGAUUAGUUUGUCCAAAAACCUACAAUCCAUCGGAUUAUUAUUUACGGGAAUUGGGAAAUAUGUGA